AUGGUCAUGAGCAAGUUUUAUGAAAGGGAUCUCAGUCGGUAAGUACGCCAUUGAAAAAUCACACCUUCUUUUUGGAGACUGGACUGAUGAUGGUUUCAGAUCUAUCUACGCCCAGCGAUUGCUAUAUUCUGCAUGCUUCAAGUGUCGCAUCUCAAGCUUGCGGAUCAAGGUGAUCAUUCUCUAUGGUACAUAACCGCUCCCAGUCGGUUCCAAGGUUUCACGCUGGUGAGAGAAGUUAUGAGCUAUGCUGGCAUGACUUUGACUAUACAGCAGAUAUUUUUUCGGAACUACAACAUUCAUCAACAUUAUGAACAACGUUCGAAAAAGACCAACCGCCGAAUCACACAAGAGGCUGCGAGUUGA